AUGUACUCGAAAUUUCUCUUUGCUCUGUUCAUCUUCUUCCUCGCAGCCCCCAUAUUUCCUUCCAGCAGCAUCACUCUCUACGGCGGCGCUUUCUUGAACGCCGCCUCCAUCGCCCUGUCAAAGGAGAAGAACUUCACCUUCCUCCCGCUGCCUCUGUUCUUUUCGCUGGCUCCACCGCCUCUAUUUCGUGCCUUUUCUCUUUCGCCGUCGACAGUACAAGUCGAGGAAGCAGAGGAGUGCAUUCGCUGGUGGAAGAGCUUGCUCCGAAUGACUGAGAAUGGAAAUGGGGAUUCUGUGUUGAUGAAGUUGGAUUGA